CACAGUUUUAUAAAUGAGACCCCUGGACGUUUGCCAAAUCAUGGCGCCGCAGCUUUGAGGAGAGAUGUUGCAUCUUUCCUUUGAAUGCAUUAACUGAGCUGAUCAUAAAAUCACUGUUUUGUCUUUUCCCUGCAGCUCUAGAUUAAGGUCAUUCAAUAGGUUUGUCAGAUCAGUUAAAAAUGGCAAGUCUAACAGCCACUGACUGUCAUUUAGUUGCUUGUAUUCUGCAUGUCCAGCUACACUGAAAACUCCUUAAUCUCCGGACAGAGCUCUCGAAAUCUUUGCAGGAAUUUCCCUCGACUAAGCAUCUCACGUCAGUGUGUAGCAACAACUCAGAGUGGUCGCAGUCAGCCUGCUCCAGAUGUGCACGGAAUAGCCGUCUUUGAAGAGAUCUGGCACGAAUAGAAUAGGCGAUCUUCAUUGCCACAUCCAUGAUCUCUUUCACGUUGAGCAUUUUAGCGCAUAACGCUUGUUGGUGUAUUAUGCAGUGGUAAUUCAGGAAGUCCGGGAAAGCAUCGUCGUCCCUGCACUUCCAAUAAAUCCAUUCACGCGGCCAACCAUUGCUCUAGUGCUCCAUCCGUGGUGAUGGACACCAAUUUGUGCACUGGGAGCUGGGUUUUCGUGAUAAAGUUAUUGAAAGACUGAAAUAUAUCCUCUCCUCGCGUGUGUUAUUUCAUGGGCAGUAGUGUUAACAGCUCCUCUUUUGCAGUGUCAUUCACGUCCGUAGAUUCGUCCAACUUCAGUGAGAAGCACUCGCAAUCUACGAUGUCCUUCCAAAGUUGCUGCAUCAAAUCCUUGGCCAUGGCUUCACUACGCCGUGUAACUGUACUUCUUGACAGCUGGAGAGCUUUGAUCGAAGAUAAUAUUUCUGCCUUGUUUUUAAUGUCUCGGAACAAUGAGUCAGCUGCUUCAACGAAUGCCUCUUUUACCAUCUCUCCGUCUUGGAAGGACUUCUUGUUCUUAACGAUUAAGUGGCUCACCCGGAGCCACUUAAUCGUAGUUUUUAUGAGCAGUCCGAAAAUGCCGCUCUAAUUUCCCUUCUUCGGUAUUGCGAUGGUAGACUGGCAGAUGAGGCAAACGCACUUCGAAAAUGACAGUAAAAAGAAACUCCUCCUCCCAUUCCGGAUGAAAGUGAUACGUUUUUGGCUUCUUACUCGGUCCAGCUCCCCCUCUCAUUUUUAUACCCUUUCUUAAGAUUAAAAGAAAAAACCAAGAGCUAAAAAUUGGAGGCUAACUAGGCAACUCGCAAGCUUUUUUUUUACUUUCCCGCACUUAGCGCCGUUGUUUGCGCAUGCGCAAAUUUCAUAGGGGGGAUGGAUGAUAGGCUGACGUCUAUUUUUUUAAUGAUGAUUUUUUUGUUCCUUCAAUGCAAUGCGAUCUACCCACGAUACCUUCGCGAUCGACCGGUCGAUCGCGAUCUAAGUAUUGGGCACCCCUGCUCUAGCGCAUCCAAUCAUCAUAAAGUAUCUACGUAAUUUCCAAUGUCGUUCUGGCGGGCGUGGACACAGGCAGUGCACCAAAAAUGGCGUGGCAACCACCACAGCCAUAGAACAGCCGUCUGAAAUUAAUUUACAAGUUUCUGUCUUAUUUUUAUGAUGCAGAAGUCUCGGUUCAAUUUGAUUAAGUCUGAGAUAAAUGUAUCUGUUAAAUGUUUAUCUUUUUUUGUUUCCUGAUUUAAUGCAUUGUAAGCACCUCUGUGUUGUAGCUGGCAUUGAUGCACAAGACUAUAGUUAUGUAAUGCUUAAAAUGAAAUAAUUGACAAGGGGAGCUGGUUUUGUCUUUGUACUUUGAUUUGGUUCAGUGCAGUAACCUGAAUGCCAUUUUGAGUCUUUUCUGAAUGGCUUGACUGUUUUCUAUUCAAAAUAAAUAAACCUGCAUUUGUGAUAACUUGGCUGUCUUCUAACUAUGUAUGCUGUAAUGACUUAAAUAAAUUUGAAAAGGUUGCAACUUUAGAAUAGGGAACAUGUUUGGGUUAAUAAAGGUCCAACAACUUGUGAGUUAAGUAUGUUACUAAUAGGCAUAUUAAUAAGCUCAUAUUUAAUGGUGAAUAUGUGUAUCUAAAUAUAACACACACCGUGUUAUUAGAACACAAAUUUAUACGCUGGGUUUUAGUAAAAAUAAAUGGUAACUCCGACAGGCUGCUGUGUGGUUAGAGAAACACUGCGUUUAAUGUAAACCACACUCAAACCAAUGCAAAAUUUCUCACGUGUCCUCUUCUUUCAAUACACUUGCACGACAACAUGUCAAUUUAUUUAUUUAUUUUAGAUUUUUCAGUUUGCCAUUCCAUUCCAUAACAAUUGAGUCUUCCAUUUCCCCAUCCCUUCAAACAUUUGUUAAUUUCAUGCUAUCAUAAUCAAAUAAUCAUUUCUGUAAUGAAUGAAAUAGAUACAAAAUUUCCUCACAAAGCAUGAGGUGUACGUAUGUCCUAAACACAUUAUAAUUAUCGCGAGUCCAGUACAUUUUUACUUCUAUGGUAUUCAUUUAUGCCUAGUUUUUGAUUUAUGCACAGCCAUCUUUUAUAGAGCUUCUUAGCUCUGAGUAAAAUAAGUAUCUGAAACUACAGAUUUUAUAACUCUUCAAGUUCCACAUCUAUUUAAUUAAUGUUAUGCAGGGGUGAAAUGCAACAUGUCCUGGUAUUAUCUCAGUGACUCUAGAAUCAUUUGUGUUUUACAAGACACACCUAAUGUCCAGGCUUAUAGUGAGUGGGGACUAGAGGAAAUAGGUUAUUUAGUUGUUGUGUUUUUUGGGCGGGGGGGGGAUUUUCCUUCAGGACGAUAAAGUUGAUCUGGUUUUAACGUGGCUAAUCCGAUUAUAUAUUAUUGAACAUUUAAGCCUACUUGUUGGGCUUCGAGCCGACUGUAAAGAUUUACGUAAAAAUGUCAAACUUUCACAUCGUUUCAAGAUGAUGAGAAGAUGUAUUAUUGUGUUAAUACAUUGUAUUCAUUCAAUGUAAGAUUGUUGCAUAACUAGGUUCUGAAAACGAUAUAAUGACAAUUUGAAUAAGGAGAACCAAGAUGUAGCCAAUGGGGAGUCUUGGUCCUGCCCCUUUUGUUUAAGAAGAGGCAGUAAUAAUUGACUGGAUGCGUUUCAAGAAAUGAAUAAAAGGUGUUGAAUGCGGUGAUGGAUGGCCUCAAACCAUAUAUUAGAUAUGUUAGCAUUUUGCAUGUCUAAGGAGUAUAAUAUGAGUUACAAGAUUUCGAUUUGUUGAGUAUGAACAGUUUUCUUUCUCAAAUUGAUGUGUAAAGAUGAAUACAUCAUUUACGAUCUGUAUCGAUAUGUGUAAUAGUCAAUACAUAAUUUAUGAAAUGUAAUGAUGUGUGCAAUGCUUAAUGCAUCUUUUAUGUUUUCUCUGUCUGGAUUAGAAGACACAAUGAACCAGAGACUCCCACUUUUCUUUCUUUCUUUACUUUGCUAUUUUGUCAUUCUGCUGGUCAAUAUUGCUCUAAUUCUUACCAUAAUAGUAGACAAACAUCUUCAUGAACCCAUGUACAUCUUCCUGUGUAAUCUCUGCAUCAAUGGACUUUAUGGGACGGCCGGAUUUUACCCCAAAUUCUUCUUUGAUUUGCUGUCCUCUACUCAUCUCAUAUCCUAUUCUGAGUGUCUUGUACAGGUCUUUGUCAUAUACUCCUAUGCUGCAGGGGACUUCUCUAUUCUGGCUCUGAUGGCUUAUGACAGACAUGUGGCUAUAUGUCGCCCUCUAGAAUACCUAUCAAUCAUGACUAAAGAGAGAGUUGCCUUUCUAGUAUGCAUGUCUUGGGUUGUACCCUUGUGUCUUGAGGUUGUUGUAAUAUUGAUGACAUUAAUGCUAGAAUUAUGUGGGUCUCACAUAGAUAAACCCUAUUGUGCCAACUGGUCCAUUGUUAAACUUUCUUGCACCUCAACAACCACCAACAAUAUUGUUGGUUUUAUAACAAUCCUUUUCUACUUUUGCCAUUAUGUGUUUAUUAUUUGUACAUAUGUGACACUUGUCAAAACAUGUUUAAGAUCCACAGAAGGGAAGAAAAAGUUAAUGCAGACAUGUCUCCCACAUUUACUCUGUCUACAAAAUGUCUCCAUUGCCUUACUGUUCGAUCUUUUGUACACUCGAUAUGGAACACAAUCUGUACCACAGAAUCUCAGGAGCUUCAUGGCUGUACAGUUUCUUGCCUUUCCUCCUAUUCUCAAUCCUCUCAUUUAUGGACUGAAUCUCAGUAAAGUUCGAAACAGACUUGGAGGUUUCUUAAAGACCAAGUAGGUUUUGAACAGUCCACCGUGAACAGAUUGAUCCAACUUGGAGGCUAUUCUAUAAUAAUUCCCUUAAGUUUCACGUCAUGUCUUACAAUAUGUUUGAUAAUAGCCAAGGAGGCUGGCGCAAUACCUAUAAAUAAUAUACAUAUGUACCUUUAACAAAGAAGUGUUAAUCAAGUAAACCUAAACUUUGCAGUAGUGAGAAGCAUGUUGCAAGACCAGAUGAACAAAGUAAAUGUUUCUUUAAAGGUGUGUUUAGCGGUUCCUACUUUAUGAAUCAAUGCAUUGUUGUUAUUUAAUAAAAAAAAUGAUAACUGGUAA